CUGAAUUCUCGAGACUUGUCUGGCAGUUACCGUACCAUAACAAUAUUACUUACCGGCCGGACCAAAGUGGACACUCGGAAGGUGUCUCCGACCCGACUUCACCCGUGCUUUUUGCCUGAUUUGCGGCUUUGCCUGAUGUGUUCCGUCUUUCCCUGAGCAAAGCCGGCCGGGAGCUAAGGGAGCUACAGACAGGCUUGAACGAAACUCCCGAAUUACUAUUCUUAUUCGUCUCGAUUUCUACCCCGGUUCUUCCUCUUCUGAUUAUGCAUGAGCUUCUGCUCUUCGCCUCGGUCCCCGCGCACCAGCAUCAUGAGCUCCUUCAACAGCUGGCCGGGUUGACGGCCAUGCAACCCCGUCACCGCCUGGAAAGACGCUUGGUUUUCAAGGCCUACCGCAAGCCAGGUUUGACCACCACCCGGGUUGGGGCCAGUCAAGAUCUGCAGGGUGUCGAAUUGCAGCGCCUUAAUAAAAUGCUCAAUGGCGGCAUGUUCUAUACCCAAGUAGUCGGUCCCGUGGCCAAAGCCGACUUUGGCGGGAACCCUUCCUCAUCUGGAGAUCCCGAUGUCUCCAUGUCCGGAUUGGAGGAGAAGCCCUCGUCGUCUUCAUCGUCUUACAGUUACGAGGACCAGCCCUGGAAACUGGAAUUCAGAGAUAUUCCCGAGGCAGGCACUCGAUCCGCCGUGACUGCUCGUCUGAUGGCCAGUGCCACGCUGCCUAAAGGUGAUAUCACGGCGCCCAUGAAUGCCUGGGGCUAUAGCUUUGUCACCGAGUACGUGGUGGAAGGGGAUGUCUUUGUUCUCAAUGACAUCGUUAUCUUCCUACACCGUGUCCUGCUUUACCCGACUGGGACGCAGGAAUCACAUGGACCUCGUCGGCAGCUGCCUGCUUAUCAGGAACUCUCACCGCUGGAACGGACAGGGAGCUAUGUCCUGCAAGCUGCUAUCACCGUCCAGGAUGGCGGGAACCAGGAGAUGAUGAGGACGGCUUCGCAGCAUUUGUUCGGGCUUCGCGAGCAGCUCAAGUCGGCCGUCCGUCUAGAGAUGGCGGAUCGGCUGUCUUUGGAUACGCGAGCGAAGUAAUCAUGUAUUAUCAUUUCUUUUUAGCCGUGCUAUAUACCCCGGAGUUGAUGGCUCUCAGUAGAUAAAUCAUUGGAAAUUCAAAUCUGUCAUUGGGAGCCUUAAAUUAUAGUGCUGAGAUCUUCUUAGAAAAGCAAAUUUCAAUAGAAG